ACCCCUCCGCCUGCCGGCCGGGCCCCGCCUCGGCUGCGCGCCCUCGCCCAGCUUACAGCCGCCGCUCUGCUCCGCAGCAGCCAGCCCCGUCUCCGGCAGCAUGUUCAGCUGGGUCAGCAAGGAUGCUCGCCGAAAGAAGGAGCCAGAGCUCUUCCAGACGGUGGCUGAGGGGCUACGGCAGCUGUACGCACAGAAGCUGCUGCCCCUGGAGGAGCACUACCGCUUCCACGAGUUCCACUCGCCCGCGCUGGAGGACGCUGACUUCGACAACAAGCCCAUGGUGCUGCUCGUGGGCCAGUACAGCACGGGCAAGACCACCUUCAUCCGGCACUUGAUCGAGCAGGAUUUCCCAGGGAUGCGCAUUGGGCCCGAGCCCACCACCGACUCCUUCAUCGCGGUUAUGCACGGCCCUACCGAGGGCGUGGUGCCUGGCAACGCGCUCGUCGUGGACCCGCGGCGCCCCUUCCGCAAGCUCAACGCCUUCGGCAACGCCUUCCUCAACAGGUUCAUGUGUGCCCAGCUGCCCAACCCGGUCUUGGACAGCAUAAGCAUCAUCGACACCCCUGGGAUCCUGUCUGGAGAGAAACAGCGCAUCAGCAGAGGGUACGACUUCGCGGCAGUCCUGGAGUGGUUCGCCGAGCGGGUUGAUCGCAUCAUCCUACUCUUUGACGCCCACAAGCUGGACAUCUCCGAUGAGUUCUCAGAAGUCAUCAAGGCCCUUAAAAACCACGAGGACAAGAUCCGGGUGGUGCUGAACAAGGCCGACCAGAUUGAGACCCAGCAGCUGAUGCGGGUGUACGGGGCCCUCAUGUGGUCCCUGGGGAAGAUCAUCAACACCCCUGAGGUGGUCAGGGUCUACAUCGGCUCCUUCUGGUCCCACCCACUCCUCAUCCCUGACAACCGCAAGCUCUUUGAGGCCGAGGAGCAGGACCUCUUCAAAGACAUCCAGUCUCUGCCCCGGAAUGCUGCCCUCAGGAAGCUUAAUGACCUGAUCAAGAGGGCGCGGCUGGCCAAGGUCCAUGCCUACAUCAUCAGCUCCCUCAAGAAGGAGAUGCCCAACGUCUUCGGUAAAGAUAGCAAGAAGAAAGAGCUGGUGAACAACCUGGGGGAGAUCUACGCGAAGAUCGAGCGGGAACAUCAGAUCUCCGCCGGCGACUUCCCGAGCCUCCGCAAGAUGCAGGAACUCCUGCAGACCCAGGACUUCAGCAAGUUCCAGGCCUUGAAGCCCAAGCUGCUGGACACAGUGGACGACAUGCUGGCCAACGACAUCGCCCGUCUGAUGGUGAUGGUGCGCCAGGAGGAGUCCCUGAUGCCCGUCCAGGUCGUGAAGGGUGGUGCCUUCGAUGGCACCAUGAACGGACCCUUCGGGCAUGGCUACGGCGAGGGGGCCGGUGAAGGCAUUGACGACAUCGAGUGGGUGGUGGGCAAGGACAAGCCCACCUAUGACGAGAUCUUCUACACACUGUCGCCCGUCAACGGCAAGAUCACGGGCGCCAAUGCCAAGAGGGAGAUGGUGAAGUCCAAGCUGCCCAACACGGUGCUGGGCAAGAUCUGGAAGCUGGCCGAUGUGGACAAGGAUGGGCUGCUGGACGACGAGGAGUUCGCCCUGGCCAACCACCUCAUCAAGGUCAAGCUGGAGGGCCAUGAGCUGCCCACCGACCUGCCCCCACACCUCAUCCCACCCUCCAAGCGGAGGCUCGAGUGACCACCCAGCAGACACUGGGGGGAGGGGAAGGGUCACCAGUUCUCAAGGUCCAUAAAGACUGAGUGGCUGUUUCCUCAGCUCUUGAAAAGGAAAACCACCAUCUUUCUUUUAAGGCUGUUCCUGGGCCCAGCAGGGGAGGCAGGGGUCAUACUCGUAUGUGAAUGAUGGAAUUUUAUGCACAAGAACUAUGGAUAUUUUUAAUAUAUAACAUUAGAGGCAGCCUUCUUUUUUGCCUCCUCCUCCGUCUGACAGGCCCACGCCCACACACACACAGCCUCUGCCCUCCCCAUCCUUGUCCCCCUGCUCUGCCAGCCCAGGGUGCCCCUUCUGGCGGCUGCUGGGCCCUGGGGCUGUGUGUAGACAGAAACGACCCGAUGGCAUUCGCGUUGGUUUCUGAGCUGACGGUUGCUUCACUGGGCCAUUGGCUUCCUGUGCUUUCAAAUUUAGGUUCUUGUGCCUCCCUCCGCCCCGCGACCUCCUGUGCACAGGCCCUACUCUUCGCUGUCAUAUCCCCUCACCUCUCAUUCGGCAGUCACAGAAGCAAGGCCCAGCUACCUUUUUGGGGAGAGUGUGGAGGGUGGGGGGGUGUGAGAGAAUUGCCUUCCAGAAAAAGAUAAGCUAGUUUUGGUUCUGUAAAGUGAUGCCUUUUAUACUUGACCGAAUUUUCCAGUAACUUCCCAACCACUCAUUCAGAAGCUGUGAUUAUCGUCUCUUUUCCCACACUCCAACCAGGGGCAGCUCUACCCAGGAACCAUUAGACAUGGGUGCAUACAGAGCUCACCCCACCGGGGACCCCAAAGGUCGUCUUUCCUGCUGCACCCUCUCUUUCCUGGAACAUUCUGGUAUACCUCCCUGCCCCACCUUUGAGUGGAUGGGUGGUGGGUCCUCAUGAACCUGGUGUGGCUCGGUGCUCCAGCUCCAGCCUAGUGGCCAUAGAGACCAGGGACAACCCAGCCCCUCCCCUCUGUCACCCCCCUCACUUCUCCUGGAAGCCCUCACCUGCCUGCUUCACCUUGAGCAAAGGAGGGCGGCACGUGACUUGGAUGCCCUUCAAACAAGCCCCUCCCCAGGCUGAGCAAUAAACCUGAGCCAGCAAGCAGCCGGUUCAGGCCACCUUACUGCUUUGCCCUGGCCAGGCUGUCCAAGGACAGCCCCGGGAGCCUGGACAUGCUUUCUGGCCAGCGGUCCCCGCGAAAGCCUGGAGCUGUCAUCCCACAGCCACUGUGGCAGAGGGAGCAGGCUUCCCACCGAGCACCCCCACAGAGGUCUCAGGGACUUUGUUGACCUCUUCAACCCAUGCCCACGCUCCCAGGGCUGCUCUGCAGGCCCCUGUCCACUGGGCCUGGUUAUAUCCAGCUGGCCUCAGCCCAACAUUCCACAUGCUAUUAGGUGAGGAUGGAGGUGCAUCGUCGAGAAUUCAGUUUCAGGUGCCAGUGGCUUAUCCAUGUGCACCUAUGGGAAGAAAAAGCCGCUAAGACAAGGGUUUUUCUUGCAUUAAAAAAAGUAAUUGUGCUGAA